AGGAUCUUCUUGUGGAUGCCCUGGUGGAUUCUUCUGAAAGACGCAAGCUGUCAUCUUCUGUGUUACUGGACCUCACAACAAAACUCUCACAUGAAGCGAGGGAUAGAGGUCGUGCAGCUGAACCUCAGCCGGCCAAUUGAGGAGCAGGGUCCCCUGGACGUCAUCAUCCACAAGCUGACGGAUGUCAUCCUCGAGGCUGAUCAGAAUGACAGCCAGUCCCUGGAACUGGUGCACAGAUUCCAAGAGUACAUUGAUGCUCACCCCGAGACCAUCGUCUUGGACCCCCUCCCCGCCAUCAGGACCCUGUUAGACCGCUCCAAGUCCUACGAGCUUAUACGCAAGAUUGAGGCCUACAUGAAAGAUGACAGGAUCUGCUCACCACCCUUCAUGGAGCUCACGAGCCUGUGUGGAGAUGACACCAUGAGGCUGCUGGAGCAGAACGGCCUGGCCUUCCCCUUCAUUUGCAAAACCAGAGUGGCUCAUGGCACCAACUCUCAUGAGAUGGCCAUUGUGUUCAACCAGGAGGGACUGAACGCCAUCCAGCCCCCUUGUGUGGUCCAGAACUUCAUCAACCACAAUGCAGUACUUUACAAGGUGUUUGUGGUGGGCGAGUCCUACACAGUGGUCCAGAGACCCUCCCUCAAGAACUUCUCUGCGGGCACGUCAGAUCGUGAGUCCAUCUUCUUCAACAGCCACAAUGUGUCAAAGCCAGAAUCGUCAUCGGUCCUCACCGAGCUGGACAAGAUCGAGGGUGUGUUCGAACGACCCAGUGAUGAGGUCAUCCGGGAACUGUCACGGGCGCUGCGGCAGGCGCUGGGAGUGUCCCUCUUUGGAAUUGACAUCAUCAUUAACAACCAGACCGGGCAGCACGCUGUCAUUGACGUCAACGCCUUCCCAGGCUAUGAGGGUGUGAGCGAGUUCUUUACCGACCUCCUGAACCACAUUGCCACAGUCCUGCAAGGCCAGAGCACAGGCGGAGCUGCCGUGGAGGAAGUGGCCCCGCUGAGGCACAACAGGCUUCUGGCGGAACAGGCGGGCAGCCUGGCUGGUGAGCGGACGUGCAGUGCCAACCCUGGCUGCUGUGGCAGCAUAAAGGGCCAGGACACAACCUGGAAGACUGAGACCGAAGCAGGCAACAUGGGCGCCGGUGGCUCUGCCAAGCUGCCACAUCAGAGACUUGGCUGCACCACCGGUGUGUCACCCAGCUUCCAGCAGCACUGUGUGGCCUCCCUGGCCACCAAGGCCUCCUCACAGUAGUCACAGAGCCCAGGACCCAGAGGGGCGGCGCAGAGCGUGGAACACACUCACUGGGCCAGCAGCUCCAGACGGGAACACUACUAAGAAUUCCCAGUGAUCUGAUGCUUCUCUGUUUUAAAUUUUUACCUGAUUUUCUGAUGUUAUGAUCGGAAUGAGGGGGGGAGACAGAGCAGAGCACCAAGUGGUCCAGCAUCGAGGAUGCCGCCUGAGUCCUGUGCAGAUCUCCUCACUGAGUUUACACACGCUUGUGUUCUCAACACUAGGUCUGAAUGUGAAGUGGGGUGUGUGCAUGUGUGUGUGGUUGUCAUGCAAGUGUGUGUGUGUGUGUGUGCAUGUCUGUCUUCAUGGCUGCUGUGUGGGCCAGGCUUCCGGGUACCCUGGAAGGAGCCCAUAUCUGGCCAGGCUGUUGCAGCUAAGCAGGCAAAAGGAUGAAUGUUUCCCCCAUUCCUCCCCUCCCACAUCUGCCCACACCGACCUCACCGUCCUCCUUUCCCAGAUGUGGUCUUCUCCAAAGCUAACCCUUGCCCCUGUGCAGCUGACCCUUCUUCUCCAAAGCCAGGGAAGCAGUUGACCCCUUGGGAGCUCUGUACUGGGGGUCUGGGCUGUGGGAAGGGAAAAGAAGCCUCCUGUGGGUGGAGCCAAAGCCCCCUAACUAUUGCCAGUCUUUACUGGCUCUGUAGAAUACACCAGGCUACUAUACUCUCCAGCCUGGCUCUAUUGCUCGCUGGGACCCAGGAAGGAAGCUACCUAGCUAGGAGUCCAGGGGUCUAUCGGGACCCAGGAUUUGUGCUGGGACUUUGAACAAAUCAUUCCACGAGUCUCCAGGCCUCCACCUCCUCAUCUCUUCGAGGUGGCUCCUGAUACAGGAAACUGAAGAGCUGACCUAGUGUUCUAGCCCACGAGGAUGCCUGCUUUCCCAUGCCAUCAUCUGGGUCCCUCUUUUCAGGUGAGAGGAGCCCGUCGCUAGGACUGCUCCUGUACACACACACCAGCCCCUCCUGGUCCAGCAAGGCCCAGUGCAGCCCUGCUGUGUCCAUAGCAAGUCCCUUGCACCGAGCACUAGGCAAGCCCCCCAAGGGAGCUGCGCCCCACUUCAGACUCACUCUGUCCCCACAGCAGCUGGCAGGCUACCCGCUGGCCCCAGAGCCCACAGGAAAGGACACCUGUGGAGCCCUGGAUGAUCAGCCCAGGGCCCCCCAAGGGUGAUCUUGUGUCUUAGGAUAUCAGCUCACUUUGCAAAGAGAACUAGGCCUUUGGAUUGUCCGUAGGUCCAAAUAAGAUGGAGGACACUAGAGGAAGUACCCUGCAGCCCUGGGGAGGCUACCAAGUAGGGCCAUGGUGGAGCAUCCUUUGGGUGAGGAGGGGCUGGUUGACUUUCUUGGGAACGGAACCCCGGAACUAACCACGUUUACAGGACCUGAGUGUUGAACCUGAUGUCUGUAUGUCGCCUUCCCAGGCCUGCCUCUGAAUACGGGGUGGGAAGUGUGGCCGGCUCUCGCACUGCUUUGUCUCCAGAAUAAACUACUGAGAUCAAACUACA